AUGACGAGCUGGCACAGAGCAGGACCCAGCAGGACCCAGCUGGCACAGAGCAGGACCCAGCAGGACCCAGCUGGCACAGAGCAGGACCCAGCAGGACCCAGCUGGCACAGAGCAGGACCCAGCAGGACCCAGCUGGCACAGAGCAGGACCCAGCAGGACCCAGCAGGACCCAGCAGGACCCAGCUGGCACAGAGCAGGACCCAGCAGGACCCAGCAGGACCCAGCAGGACCCAGCUGGCACAGAGCAGGACCCAGCAGGACCCAGCAGGACCCAGCUGGCACAGAGCAGGACCCAGCAGGACCCAGCUGGCACAGAGCAGGACCCAGCAGGACCCAGCAGGACCCAGCAGGACCCAGCUGGCACAGAGCAGGACCCAGCAGGACCCAGCAGGACCCAGCAGGACCCAGCUGGCACAGAGCAGGACCCAGCAGGACCCAGCAGGACACAGCAGGACCCAGCAGGACCCAGCUGGCACAGAGCAGGACCCAGCAGGACCCAGCAGGACCCAGCUGCUUGGCUUUUCUUCUUGGCAGAUAUGCAACCUACAGUCAUAUUCUCAGCUAUCUUAUACUCGUGACUGUGACUGGACAAAAUCUGGAAUUGCCCUGCUGUAUAACAAGGAGACCAGUAAUACUUAUGAUGUCCGUCUGAAGCUGACAAAAGAGGUGUUGACCAUACAGAAGCUGGAUGUGGUUUGCACGAGAGGGGGUGACCCACAAUUAAAUCACAGAACUGUCGUACUCCGAAGACAGGCAGCUGGAGGUCUGGGUCUAAGCAUCAAAGGAGGUGCUGAGCAUAAAGUGCCUGUGGUCAUUUCAAAGAUGUUUAAAGAUCAAGCAGCAGAUCAAACUGGGAAGCUAUUCGUUGGGGACGCUAUGUUACAGAUCAAUGGCAUUAAUGUCGAACAUUGUAGUCACGAAGAAGUUGUUCAUCUCCUGCGGACUGCCGGGGAGGAAGUCACCAUCACUGUUCGUUUCCUCAGGGAAGUUCCGUCUUUUCUGAAGCUCCCAUUGGGCUCUCCUGUACCACCCGCUGAUCAAAGUAGCAGAGUCUCUUCACCACUAUUUGACAGUGGUUUACAUUUAAAUGGGAAUUCUAGCAACACAGCUCCAUCCUCGCCUUCCUCACCCUCGGCUAAUGAACCAAAGUAUGAGAAGCGCUGGCUGGAUGCAGUGUCCCUACCCUUGUUGAUGGCCCGAGUCUCCAAAUACAAAGCCGGAACGGAUAAAUUAAGGUCGAACAGCUUUGAAGUCUGCGCCUUAGAUGGAGCGAACAUCAAUAUUCUACAAUUUUGCACUGCAGCAGAAAGCACUGACUGGCUUCAAGCAAUAUCAACCAAUAUCAGUGAUUUGACACUGGAGAAUAUGAAAAUGAUUAACAGAUAUUGCUCUCCGGAUGAUCAGAUUGUCCACAUGGGUUGGGUGUGUGGAAACCCGCAUGCUGAUGAUGCUGGUCCAUCGAGUACCUUCAAGUUCCUGGCAUUGAGAGGCCCUUGGCUCUACGUCUUCAGGAGUCCUCCUGUUAGUGCAACUGACUGGGGACAAGCUGAAACCCUGUAUAUCCUUUAUGAGGUUCUGUUCAAGGUUCAUAAGCUGUGGAUGGCAGAGGACUGCUGGAUCCAAGCCAAGUUCUACCUCGGCCUCCAGCAGGAUGAGGAGCUGCAGGACGGAGAGCCUUUCUGUUUCAGUAUCCUGGUCGGCCACGGCCAGAGUCACACCUUCAGUGUGGAGAUGACCUCUGACCUCGCCGUGUGGGAGAAGUCCUUCCAAAGAGCCGUCUUUAUGGAGGUGCAGAGAAUCGGG